UAUAAAUUAAGUUUGCAGUAGAAAUACGAGAACUGACAUGAGGUGUUAUAAUAAAUGAUCAAUAAUGUAGGCCAUUGUAUACGUAUGUGACAUACUGCAACAAAAUACAACCUGAAUCAACUGUGUGUCGGUACAAACAGCCUUAUUUCAUAUCUGUAUAGGCAACGGGAUUCAUUAAUGAGUUGUUUAUUCAGUAUAUUAAUGUAAAGAAUUAUGAUGUUUAAACAGGAAAAGCGAGAUGUGAGAAGAAAUGAAAGGGAAAUUGUUCGAGACUGUUUUCUACAAGUAAUUCCUGCUACUGAUAUCACAUAUCAAGGAAUAUAUCGAAAACAAUUUACGGAGUUAACAAAAUAUCACAUAGCUAAUCCAUCAGUACCAUUUACUGUUUCUGAUCGAACCCUUUUCAUGCAGAUGGUUUUAAAAUGCGCUGAUAUAAGUAACCCGUGUCGAAAUUGGCCUGUGUGUGAGGAAUGGGCAAAACGUGUCUGCACUGAUUAUUUUGUCAAGGUGAUCGAGAACGCUUUCAAUGGUUACUACAGCCUAUACCAGUUAUGGAUCGAACAAAAUUCACUUUACAAAGAUUACAAAUUGAAAGAAACUGUACCAAUCAAAUUUUCACUAGCUCUUAUUCGUUUGUACUUAAACAAGAGCCAAUUUACACAAGAAACCGAACGAAUCGCUUUAUGACAACUACAUAAGUGUGUGCAAUUUAUCCUAUGUGUCAUCAUGCGCUUACCUUAUCAUUCGAACCAAAAUUUUGUGUUCCCCAAAUGAAACCAUUGGAUCUAGUAAUCCAUUCACAGUUUUUGAGAAUCUUUACCAUCAAAUUAAAUCGUUUCCAAACAAUAUAUGUAGAUAACAACAUAAUGGUGUGUGAUAGGCUCGAAGAUGCCAUUUCGAUUCUCAGUCGAAUGAAUAAAUUUCAGAGUAGUUUAUCCUCAACAUGUGACAAAACAACGACUGUAAACCGUUUUUAGACAUUCCUUAUCCAUUCACAUAUACUUCAUUUUAAACAUAGGUAAUCUUUGUAUUGUCAUUAUAUAAUUAAGUUUUAAUCCAAUCCCGGCGUGUUAAGAAAAUCGAAAACAAGAUUUUUUCGAACGUUUCGCUCUGUGUGCUACAUCUUUUCAGAAGAAUAAUAUAAUUAUAUAAUGGUUAAACCUGACUCGGCUCUCAACUUUUUUCAGGACAUUAGUAAUCUGUGUGUUGUUUUCGUUUUAAAUUACUUCUUGCCACUAUUACAGACUCUUUCAGUUUGAGACAGGUUCAUUUGGGCACUGACUUGUAUCUUGUGUUCCUUUGCAUCUAAAUAUUGAAAAUUUUAUUAUCCUUGCCUUCGUUCUAUGCAUUUUCUUUUGUUUUCAUUAGAAAAUUUUAUGAAACUGCUGAUAUUGUUAUUAACAUUGUUGCUUCGUCUUUCUGCCUUUUUUUCAAAUUUCCUAUUUCCACAUCCUAAUGAAGGGUUUAGCAGGUUGAUCCGAUACACGCUUACAUCAGGUCCAAUGUUGGUGAUAUCUUUGCGUUUCGAACCUUAUUAUGUUACUCCAUGUUCAUCAGAAUUCAAAAAUGUCAAGUUGUUUUUUAAAAUAUAUUGGUAGUCAACCUAUACUCACUUAUCAGAUUAAAUUAAUGCUUUGAUAGACUUACACACGUAGAACACCAUAUAUUAGAAAACUCCGAAUUCUAUUUUGAAAUGUAUACUUUUAAAAUAAAAAAG